AUCCAGGAACAGACGUGGCAAGUAAGAUGAUUGAUUCAAGAGGGGGCACCAUCCAACUACGGCACUAUGGAAUCAGCCUCUGCAUUCCCGACUCGGCGCUACAAACGGACUGUAAGAUUACUCUAAAGGUUCUACCGCACCCGUCAAGUGUCCGUGUUAACGAGGAUGAAGCUAUUGUCUCCCCUUGUGUAGUGUGUGAACCUUCGGGGACUACGUUUGAGAGGCCAUUAAAGCUGAUCAUCCCUCACUGUGCAGUGUUAACAGACCCCUCCAAGGCCAAAGUCACAAUGUACUUCACUCAUGGCGAUACGAAAGUCGCAAAUAAAGUACUAUCAUCAACUGGAACACCUAGGUGCGUAGUAAGAAAAGAUGACCUUGAAGUGUACAUUGACCAUUUCUCAAUUUGGGAAGUGUUUAUGGUCAUUUCUGAGUACUUCAUUGGGAAACGCGUCGCUUCUACGCCCUACCUUCCAAAAUCAAUGAGUCGCCUCCAAUCGCAAUAUUGCCAUCUACGUCUGUAUAAUGAUACUCCUGGUCUUCAAGAUCUCAUCAAAACCGAGGAAGAAAGCUUAGGUUAUUGCAAGAUGGCUCCAACACAGACAUUGUUCGUGUUCUGGCAGAAAGGCGAACUGAAGAUCAGAUGCGAGGUCGCCAGCGGUCAUGUCACCGAGAACGAAAAGAUCGUAUCGACUAGUGAUAUCUAUCGAUUGGAGCGAAACGUUGUCACUUUCUUAGUAAAAGCAACCGGUGAUGCAGAUGUAGAUGUUAAGUUCAUCUUCCAUCCCCAUUGUGACGAAGGACAUGCAUUCCGUGCGGAAUUUGCUGCAAUCACAGCCCCCCGCCCUCCUUCUCCUGGUGGACACGCUAGAAUAGAGAAGGAAUCGCAAGAGUUGACAAAUACCAAAUCUCCAGCAUCCAAAUCAGUCCACAUUUCUCCUCAAGGUGGACCAGCAGUCGGUAAAGUCACUACUCCUAAUGCCAGGGAAGUGAGCGACGAAAUGCUAAAUAAGUUGGCAAAGGAAAUUCCAAGCGGAAAAUACAACACGUUCAGCGAAAAGCUUGGAAUCAAGCAAAACCAGGCCAGAAAUAUCGUCGAUAAGUAUAGCAACGACUAUGAGAAGGCAACGAGAGAAUGCCUUGCGAAUUGGAUGGAUAGAUCAACCCGUAGUGUGGCUGACUUACAUGAAGUUCUGAGAGCAGCUGAUCUGGCGGGGUUAAUUGUUCACUGUAAUUAGCAUGUAUUAAAAGAGUAAGCCGUGUGGAAUAAAAUGUGUUUAACGCAAUCAUAAAUACUCAUGUACGCAUAAUUGUUAUACAUGUAUGAGUGGAUUAUGUUCUGCGACGGAGGAGAUACGCAUACGACGAAAACACUACAAUAAAUAACUAUAAUAAGACAAAUGUCCAAUUACCAUCGUACAGUUAAAAUACCGAUAUACUAGUAAUUUUUUUA